GUAUGUAACUAUGUAUUCUGUGGAAACUGGAAAGCAAUCCAAGUUUUUUGUGCUUGUUUUCGAUUUCUACAAAUUGAAUCUUUUAAUUUAAUAGUUAUUCAUAAUUUACUUAUCUUUAUUAUAGUAUAACUAUUAGUUUUAUGAAAAGUGUAGUGUUAAGAUGAUCAAAGCUAUAUUAGUGUUUAAUAACCAUGGAAAACCAAGAUUAUCAAAAUUCUAUCAGUAUUUCAACGAAGAUAUGCAACAACAGAUAAUAAAAGAGACGUUUCAACUGGUCUCAAAGAGAGAUGACAAUGUCUGCAAUUUCUUAGAGGGUGGAAGUCUUAUCGGGGGUUCAGACUACAAAUUAAUAUACAGACACUAUGCCACACUGUAUUUUGUGUUCUGUGUUGACUCGUCGGAGAGUGAACUCGGCAUUUUAGAUUUGAUUCAGGUUUUCGUCGAAACGUUGGACAAAUGUUUUGAAAAUGUCUGCGAAUUGGAUUUGAUAUUUCACGCUGACGCCGCCCAUCAGGUGUUGGAUGAACUGGUUAUGGGUGGAAUGGUGUUACAGACGAACAUGGCGGAUAUAUUGUGCAGAUUGCAGGAGCAGAAUAAGAUGCAAAAGGCUGAGGCGGGAAUCUCGGCGGCACCGGCAAGGGCCGUGUCAGCUGUCAAAAGCAUGAAUUUACCACAACAGUUGAGGGAUAUGAAACUGCCAGAUCUGCCCCAGGCCAUCAAGGAUUUGAAAUUCUGACCUACGCAGCAGGCGUAUCCUAACACGCCGGUUGCCAUAGCAACGAAUAUUUUAACAUCGAUCUACCCGCAAAACGACAAAUAUCAAAAUAUACAACAAGAUUUCAAAUUUUUCGGAUCGCAAACACUAAGUAACCGAUUUUCGGAGACGUUUUCCGAAAAUUAUCAACAGACGCAAGGACUAAAUUUUCCGAAUUAUGAAAGUAAUAAUUUUGGGUAUCAAGACUUAAAAGGGGGUGCGUAUGAGAAGAAAAAGAAGAAGAAGAAAAAAAGUAAACGUUAAUGUCGGAGCUACCCCUCAUUUAGGUUCAUUAUAUUGAUUAUAUUCCUGUUAAGUUGACCUUCAUUCCAUGAUAAAAAUAAAUAAAGUUUAUUCAGAAAGUCUGUUUUUUCGAAACUUUUUGUGAACUACCCACAUUUAUUGCUUCCAUAUCACCACUACCAUUCCCUACCCUACAUUAUUGUUUGCAAACUAAUGAGUGACCAUUUAUGUUGGUGCACAAAUAUUAGAAAUAUUGUUCAACUACCCACAUUACAUUUUUACGUUUUGGAUUAAAACACGCUAAAAUAUGACAACUUUAGUGUUAAUUCCGAGAACAACUUUAAACCAUCCAAAUAAUGUCUGUUGAUAAAAAAGUCUACCUUCAAUUGUCUAAUGUUUAAAAAUUAUAUUAUAUAUUCAAAGUUU